UCGCCGGGGCCUCCACCGGGCCGGGGCCUCCGCCGGGGCCUCCACCGGGCCAGGGCCUCCGCCGAGGCCGGGUGCGCAGCCUCGCCAUGUCGCGGUGCUGCCGGCGCAAGUACGAGAGCGGCGACCUGGUGUUCGCCAAGCUGAAGGGCUACGCCCACUGGCCGGCCCGGGUCGAGCACCUGGCCGAGCCCAACCGCUACCAGGUGUUCUUCUUCGGGACCCACGAGACGGCCUUCCUGGGCCCCAAGCACCUGUUCCCCUACGAGGAGUCCAAGGAGAAGUUCGGCAAGCCCAGCAAGAGGAGGGGCUUCAGCGAGGGGCUGUGGGAGAUCGAGAACAACCCCUCGGUCCGGGCCGCCGCCGACCCGCCGGCCCCCCAGGAGCAGCGGGGGGCGGCCAGCGCGGGCGCAGGGGCCGGGCCGCAGGCGGGGCAGCCGCGCGGCGACGUGGGGGCCGAGGAGGAGCAGCAGCAGCGGGAGGAGCAGCUGCAGCGGGAGGAGGAGCUGCAGCGGGAGGAGCAGCUGCAGCGGGAGGAGCAGCUGCAGCGGGAGGAGCAGCUGCAGCGGGAGGAGCAGCUGCAGCGGGAGGAGCAGCUGCAGCGGGCCGAGCAGGCGCGGGCCAAGAGGAGCGCGGGGGAGCUGCCGGAGGGCGCCCCGAAACGUCCCCGGGAGGCCGAGCCGGAGCGGGAGCCGCAGCCGCGGCCGCAGGAGCAGGAGCGGGAGCAGGAGCCCCGGGGCGCCGAGCAGCAGCAGCGGCGGGGAGAGCGCGACAGCCCCAGCCCGUAGCCCCCACUUCCUGGAAGAGCCCCCGCCCCGCUCCAGCCGCGGCCUGCCGGGUACUGGGGAAACCGGCCGCGGCCUGCGAACUGGGACGCCUCCCCCUCCCCCACCCCCUCCCCCUCCCCCACCCGCUCUCCUCCACCCCCGGCCCGGGGUUGACCUGCAGAGGCGGGCGCCCGGCCCCCAGCUCUGUGCUCCCCACACCCUGUGAUCUGGGUCAGGGCCUCCAGCCCCCGGGAUGAGGGGCGCCCGCCGAGCCCCUGCCGGCCCGGAACUGUUUCCCAAGGCUUCAGUUGGGGCCUGGCAGACACCCGCCUCUCCCUCCGCCGGCAUUCUGGACGUCUGCGUUGGAAUCGGGGAUACGGAGCGGCGGGGGACUUGCGGGGUGACUUGCAGGGCCCGGUGGUGCUGGUGGGGAGCAGCCCCCGGGGCUCCUGCCCGCGCCCCCUGCUGCCUCUUACCCCAGCUGCUCAGAUGCACCGAAAGUGGGACAGCUUCUGGGGGAGGGCCUCCCUCCUUUCUGAGUCCCUUUUGGGAGUUCUGGGAUUUGUCAUUUUUCAUCCAGUAAUGUGGGAGCUUCCCAGUUGUUGGUGACAUGGGGAGGAUUAGCUUUGCCCCCGCUCUCUGGAUGGAAGUGGUGAGGCACACCUGUCCCCUGUUUAGAUCUCUGGGGCUAUAGGGGAUGUUCUGGGACGACGCCUGGCCACCCCUCUCCCUCGUCCACAGCCUCAAGGCCACCCCGCAGUCAGUCAUAUAUGUCACUCAGGUGGAAAAGGCACAUAGUUUGGGAAACUUUGUUUUAAUGAAAAGAUUCUCUUUUUUUUUUUUUUUUUUGACAAAUGAAAACUACCCUCAGCUAUGCCUUCAGUCCGCUCUCAGCUCUGCCGUUGUUAACUCCAUUUCAGAGAUGGACUAGGAGGUUCCCUUUCUGUUUGGGAUUCGAUGACUUUCUUUUUGUAGCUAAGGCUUUGGUGUUCCCCGGGCAGUGCCAUUUCCCAUCCACCUUCCGCACUCUGGCCCCCUCAGCAUUGUCACCAGACCUGAAAUGUAACUUCCUGAGGAGAGGGAAGUGAGUGCCCCCUCCCAGCCUCUCCUGGAGCCUCUCUAUGUGCCUUUCCCCUGUUGUCUCCUUACCCCUGCCCCUCUCCCAUGGGCUCUGAUGAAAAAUUGUUGACUAGCUUUGGAAGUUGAGAACUGAACUAUUUCAGUUCCAGGAAAUAAAACCUGUUGAUUCAACAAA